UCAUUUUUCCCUGUAUCCCUUUUUCUUUUUCCAUGUCGUGCAACUUGCGUUAUACUCUGCGUCCUUUGACAUGGCUACCCUUUCUUUAUUCAUUCAAUGCUCUUAAUUGCUUCUUCAAUUCCACCCUCACUUCUUAUCAUCCCCAUCUCAAUCUACCAAGUGCUCAACCAGUUCCCCAUCGUUUUGUAUCUCUUUUUCAUUCAUUUCAUUCUCAAACCAACCCUUCUACAGUUAUUAAAAGGGACUCUUGUGAAUUUAAAACAGGUCUUUUUAAUGGUUCAUUUUGUUCCUCUGUCUCUGCUCUUUGUGUUUCAUGCUUUCAUAUGGCUCUUUCACCUCACUCCUCCGAUCUACUGCCAAAUUCCUUCUAUUCUUAACAUCGCUGCCGUUUUUACUUUUGAUUCCGUCAUCGGAAGAGCUGCUAAGCCGGCCAUGGAAGCUGCAAUCUACGAUAUAAACGCCGACCCCAAUAUCUUGAAUGCCACAAAGCUUAAAUUUUUCAUGGAAAACUCUAAUUGCAGUGGCUUCUUGGGCUCCGUUCAAGCUUUGCAGGUACUUGAGAAAGAGAUUGUAGCCAUGAUUGGCCCACAAUCCUCAGUAGUGGCUCAUGUGAUUUCUCAGAUUGUUAAUGGUCUACAAAUUCCUCUAGUAUCUUAUGCUGCCACUGAUCCAACAUUAUCCACUUUACAACUCCCUUUUUUUCUCAGAACCACUAUAAGCGACUCUUACCAAAUGGCUGCCAUGGCUGACUUGAUUGAUUACUAUGGCUGGAAAGAAGUCAUUGUUAUAUUUUUGGAUGAUGAUUAUGGUAGAAAUGGGAUAUCUUUUCUGGGUGAUGAACUUCAGAAGAAAAUGUGCCGUAUUUCCCAUGCAUUCCCUUUACCUUCUCUGGAUAAUCUUUCUAAGAUCACACAAAUACUCAACAAUUCUAAAUUACUUGGUCCUCGAGUUUAUGUAGUUCAUGUAGGCCCUGAUCCCCAAUUAAGAAUCUUCACUAUUGCCCAUAAACUCGGUAUGCUUUCAAGCAAUUAUGUUUGGUUCGCAACUGAUUGGCUUUCCACAACUCUUGAUUCUUCUUCACCAAUAACCAAUGGUGCUUCACUUGAUAUGCUUAAUGGAGUUGUUGGGUUGCGCCCUCAUACUCCAGAGUCUAAAGGAAAGAGAGAUUUGUGGGAUCGGUUAAGGAAAAUGCAGCCAAAAGGUUUAACUAAUUCUGCGUUGAAUGUUUAUGGACUUUAUGCUUAUGAUUCAGUAUGGGUUGUUGCAAAGGCAGUGGAUAAGUUUCUUAAAGAAAAUGGGAAUAUCAUUACAUUUUCACCCACAGGUAAAGUGUUGGGCUCUAAUGAAAGUGGAAUUCAAUUGGGUAAUGUUAAAGUGUUUGAUAGAGGGAGUGAUUUACUUAAAAUUCUUAUGCAAACUGAUUACAAUGGUUUAAGUGGGAGAAUUCAGUUUGGUGAAGACAGAAGUGUUGUUAAUGGUAGCUAUGAUGUGAUUAAUAUUAACCAAAGGAAAAUGAAUUUGGUGGGUCAUUGGUCUAAUGACUUAAGAUUUCAUCCUAACUUAGAUCAGAAACUUGAGAAAGUGGUUUGGCCUGGUGGGAAGGAGGAGAUACCAAGGGGAUGGGUGAUAGCAGAUAGUGGAAAACCUUUGAGAAUUGCUUUCCCAAGAAGAGCAAGCUUUGUUGAUUUUGUAACUCAAUUGAACAACACCAAUAUUGUUCGAGGAUAUGUUAUUGAUAUUUUCAAAGAAGCUCUCAAGUUUGUUCCAUAUGAAGUUCCUUACAAGUUUGUGCCUUUUGGAGAUGGUAAAGUUAAUCCCAGUUAUGAUGAACUUGUUCAAUCGGUUGCAAAUAAUGUGUUUGAUGCAGCAGUUGGGGACAUUGCAAUCGUUACGAACCGAACCAAAGUUGUUGAUUUUUCUCAACCAUAUACCACAACAGGGCUGAUCAUAGUUGCACCAGUUGAAGAUUCAAAAUCAAGUGCUUGGGUGUUCCUUAAACCAUUUACAGUAGAGAUGUGGUGUGCAACUGCAGGUUCCUUUGUGGUAAUUGGUAUUGUUAUUUGGAUGUUAGAGCAUAGAAUCAACGACCAUUUUCGAGGUCCUCCGAAAAGACAGAUUAUCACAAUGUGUUUGUUUAGCAUUUCAACUCUUUUCAAGGCAAAUCAAGAAGCAACAAUAAGUCCACUCUCACGACUAGUGAUGUUGGUUUGGCUGUUCUUAUUAUUGGUAAUAACCUCAAGCUACACAGCAAGUUUGACAUCAAUCCUUACACUCCAACAACUUUGGUCUCCAAUACGAGGAAUUGAUGACUUGGUUGCAAGUAAUUUGCCAAUUGGAUAUCAAGUAGGAUCCUUUGCUUACGACUAUCUCACACAAAGCCUUUUCAUUCCAAGUUCAAGACUGCAGAGGCUGAACUCCUCUGAAGACUACGAGAAAGCACUGCGUCUUGGCCCAAAAGGAGGCGGCGUGGCGGCCAUCAUCGAUGAACUUCCAUACUUGGAGUUGUUUCUGUCAAAGACUAAAGAAUUUGGAAUCAUUGGUCAACCUUUUACUAGGAGCGGAUGGGGAUUUGCUUUUCAACGAGGAUCUCGACUUGCAGUCGAUAUGUCAACUGCAAUUCUGAAGCUCUCGGAGAGCGGAAAGCUGCAAGAAAUACACGACUCAUGGUUCUGCAAGCUAGGUUGUCCAGGUAAUCGGGGAGGAAAGUCAGAGCCAGACCAACUUCACUUGAUCAGUUUCUGGGGUUUGUAUUUGCUUUGUGGAAUCAUUUCCGUCGCUGCACUCUUCCUGUUUCUUUUAAGACUAAUCCGCCAGUAUAUCCGUUACAUACGACAUCAUCGACGACGUCAUUCAGAAGAAGUUACACCAUUCCCAGUUCCAUCCAACACUAGCUGUACUCAGAGGAUUCAAAACUUUAUAAACUUUAUUGAUGAGAAAGAAGAAGCUAUCAAAAGCUUCUUUGGAGCAUCACAUGGUGCUCAAAAUGGGAACCAACUUCACAAUCAUUCCCAAAAAGCCAAGGAGAAGGCUGAUUCAGAGAUACAGAUAGGGCCCACGACCAUGGGUAUGAAUCGAGGAUAGACUUUUGCUUGCCAUUUGGUUCAUAAUAAUUUCUUAGGUGGAUUUCUUGGUGAAGCUGAAGCAUGUACAUAUAUGAAAUCCCAUGAUAUCGAAAAUAGCAUAGAAAACAUCUCAACUAGUAUCAAAAUUGGUCAAAGCAUCUAAGAAUUUUGGUUCCAUAUUUAUAACAAUUUUUGGGACCAUUAUAACCUUUCCCUCCCUUUUUUAAGAACUACACAAUGAGAUGGAAUUUAGAAAAUUAUACGUGUUCUCAUAAUA